CCCGAAACGAGCGCUUUUGUAGACACAUAAACAAUAAAAAGAAGGAAGUAUGUUGGAAGAAAGAACAUUUACUCAACUCCUUCUCCUGAUAUUUUUUGAACAUUCAACCAAUUGUGCCAAGGCGUCAAAGUCUGUUUUGCUACCGUAUUUAACGAGGACGAGAUUAGGACCAGUUAGAGGAACUCGUACGACUUUAGAUAAUCUUGGACAAGUUGACACGUUUAUCGGUGUGAGGUACGCUACGACAAGGGGUGGAUCGCUUCGCUUUAUGCCUCCUACAACCUAUUCAAGUAGGUUUGAAGAAGUUGAAAACCUUAAUGGUUUCACUGGGUGUCCACAACGAAAACUGGAUUUUGAAAAGCUACUAAAGAAGACACCCAGUAGAAGGGUUAAGGAGCUCGAUAGAAUCCUUUUAGCAUUCAAAAACCAGGCUUUUAUCCCAGUCGAAGAUUGCCUGACCUUAAACAUAUUCCGGCCUGCCUUGGGAAAAAAUGAAACGAAAAGAUUUCCGGUUCUUGUAUUUUUACAUGGAGAAAAUUACGAAUAUGGCUCAGCAGAUAAUUACGACGCGUCAAUCUUAUCCGUCAAAGGAAAAGUCAUGGCGAUUACGGUCAAUUACAGGCUAGGAGCUUUGGGGUUUGCAAGUACUGCUAACGGCGAUGCUCCCGGAAAUUAUGCUCUCUUAGACCAGCGAGCUGCACUACAUUGGAUUCAAGAAAAUAUCGGCGAUUUUAAUGGUGAUAGAAAUCAAGUAACAUUAAUGGCUCAUGGUUACGGAGCAGCUAUGGCACAUUUACUUUUGAUCUCACCAGUUCUAAGCGGCAAGAAUCUACUGCAACGCGUCAUAUUGCAGAGUGGUAGUGCAUUUUCUCCUUGGGCAAUAUCCGACCAACCAUUGCAAUAUAUAAACCGUCUUGGUGCAGCCCUCAAUUGUACUAAGAAUUUAGUUCGAUGCCUGAAAUCUAAAUCGUUCAAAGAGCUGAUUGAUUCUGAGAUUCUUCACCCGAAGUACUUAUCUGGCUUUGGACCUGUUCUUAAUCAUAGAGCUCUGUUUCCUGAAGAUUUAGAAAGCUUAUCUGGUAAAGAGACGUUCUUGGACCGUGUACCAAUCUUAAUAGGAUUUACAGCCAACGAAGGAGAUGCCUAUUUCAAUGAUAAACAAUUGAAAGAUGGCGUUAGCGUUACUGAUAAGUCUCGAAUUCUUCGCACGUUCGUUCGAAACAUUUUCCGAUAUCAACGGCAAAAAAUUUACGAAUUGCUAGUGGAAAAUUAUGGCCUAGAUAAGUCUGAUGACCCAGUAAAGUUGCAAAGAUCGCUAAUGGAACUAAUUACGGACGGUCUCUACAUUUCUCCGAUUCUCCGUUUGCUGUUAUAUCGUAAACGAAAGAAGUCUACAUAUUUAUACGUUGUUUCCAGGAAAAGCGCGGGACAUGGCACAGAUCUACCUUUAGUAUUUGGUGCUCCACUACAUCCUGGUAUCGAUCCAUUUGGUAACAACAUUGAUAACAAUGGUACUCCGAUCAGCGAGGCUGUAGUUACUUACUGGACGAAUUUUGCAAAAACAGGAGAUCCGAAUAGACCAGCCCCUCUAGACGUCUAUUGGGAGCGGUAUGAAAGAGAUCAACCGACUCAUUUGGAUAUAGGUAACAAGUUGGAAAUGAAAUUAGGAUAUUAUAAACCCUCAAAAAUGACUCUAUGGCAAAAAGAGAUUCCAAAAUAUCAUAAGCCAAAUGAUUUAUCACAGAAAAUGCAUUUACUAGAUAAUUUUCAAGAUAGUUCUACCUUUGAAAAAGAAGGAACAAAGAAGCUGGAUGUGUACUUUCCUCCACCACCUAUAAUGCCAUUAAAACCGAAAUUUAAUUCAAGUUCUACCGAAACUUCUAACCCAAAGAGUCCUUCUGAGGAGCUUUUUACACCUGCUACUAUCAAAAAGUUGGGUAAUCUUCCAAAUUUUUUAUCAACAAGCACAGCGUUUGCUCAGGAAACUGCACCAAAAUCUUCAUUCGCCUUUUCAGUGACCGUUGCAGUCGGUUGCACUUUGUUAUUCUUUAAUAUAAUAAUAUUUGGCACCUUUCUCUACAAGCGGCGUAGAUUAUCAAGAGAUUUAAGGAAGAGACGAAGGCAAUUGGAGGAACGCGAAAAAGUUGCUAAUUCCUCAGCUAAUGAAAGCGAUGCUCUCACAAUACUGCCAGAACCAAUAACGCCAUCUAGGAGAUCUCAGGCGGUGUCAAACUCAAAUCAUGUUCCAUUAUGUAGAUAUCCUCCUCCAUUUGGAUUUCCAACUCUGAGUAGAACAACUGCAAUUCCAAGGUACGAAGACGGUGUAGAAGAUACUUAUUGUACAACAAAAUCUGCCACCGCCGUUUAACAAAUAAAAGAGUAUUAAAUAUGCAUGAAAUGGUGCUUGUUCUUUGUUUAUGCGUACUUUUUCCCCUUAUAAGAUAGUACAUAUCAAUCUGUAUCAUUUUUUCAUAGCUGUAUGCAUUCAAUGGAUAAAGAAAAAGAGAGAGAGAGAGAGACAGCUGUUGGACAAAUUAUAUCUUUUACAUUUAAAGUAUUUCUAUUCAUUUUUAUGAUAGAUAAGACUUUUGAUAAUAAAAAUGUAUUCAUUUUACUUUAUUUUAUGUACGUGUCUUUUACGCAUACCACAUAAUUAUUCCUAUUAACAAUUUCAUAAAAGUCUUAUUUAUUUGUUUUUUUUAAGCAAGUAAUUAUUUAGACUUUGUGAAAUUUUUAAUGAUUCAUCAUAGGCAACUUGAUCAAACAUUAAAGACUGGUGUAUAAGCUGAGGUAGAGAGACAUUAGCAUGGAAAAUUAUAGUUGUCAGCAAAUCAUAAUAAGAGAUAAUAUUCAAGAAAUAACUUUUAUUUUACAUAAAAAAGCUAUUCAGGAAUAUUAAUAAAUUUUAUAUUUCUUUGAAUAGCUCUGACAUUCUCUACGGAUUCUUUCGCCAUCUAGUAAGAAAUCAUUAAUAUGCUUGUAAGAUGUCUUAUUUUUAUGUGAAUCUGCAAGAUAUUUCGUAAAUAUUUCAUCGCAUUCAUCGUUAUAUUCCAUGUUUACUUGUUUGUAAAUUUCUCUCAAGAUUUCCAAUGGAUUUUGUACUAAAUCUUUAAAGUUAAUAUCAAUAGCUCUUUGGAAUGAGCAAUUUUUUAUUUCUUCUAUAGAUCUCCUCAAAUCAUAUUUUCUUACCUCUUUCAAGUAUUUUUCUGUUAAAAAGUCGCUAAUAAAUUUAACGUUUCUCGAGAGUGGACUUUGAAAUAAUUUUGAAUCGUAUAUUGUCAAAUUUGUUAUAGAUGAGAUGACUUGUUCUACGUUUCGGUGAAUUGUUAUAAAUUGAGCAUCUUUAAAGACUGUGAAUAGGGCUUUCAAAUUUACAUUCGAAUUUAAAUGGUGCAUUAAGAGAAAUCUUCUAUUUUUCAUAUUCUGUUGAAAUGCUAUUGCCUGAAGAGACCUUUUAAUACUUUUGUAAAUUUUUAUAUGAUCAUCGAAUUUGAUUUUCUCAAUAAACUUGGA